AUGAAUCAGCCAGUGAUCCCAAACUACCCACCCGGGUUCGUUAUAAAGGUAGGAAGUCAUCAGGCAAAGAUUCUAAAGUAUCUCACGAGUGGUGGGUUUGCUCAAAUAUACUCUGUGGAGAUUAGUCCGAAAGAUGAAUAUACAAACUCCAAUAUUGCCUGCUUGAAAAGAGUCAUCGUUCCAAAUAAGUCUGGUUUGAAUGUCCUGAGAACCGAAGUUGACGCAAUGAAACUACUGAAAAAUAAUAGGCAUGUCGUUUCAUAUAUUGAUUCUAAUGCGGCAAAAUCAGAGUUUGGUAAUGGUUCUUAUGAGGUUUUUCUUUUAAUGGAAUAUUGUGAACGGGGUAGCUUGCUAGAUUUUAUGAACACAAAACUACGAGAAAGGCUACAAGAACAGGAAGUACUAAAUAUAAUGAACCAAGUGUGUCAAGGUAUUGCUGCCAUGCAUAAGCUACUACCUCCGCUGAUUCAUAGGGAUAUAAAAAUUGAGAACGUGCUCAUAUCUGGGGAUGGGCUUUUCAAAGUCUGCGACUUUGGUUCUGUAUGUGGCAUAAUACGACCUCCUAGGAAUCCACAGGAACUGCAAUACGUGCAGCAUGAUGUUAUGAAGAAUACGACCGCUCAAUAUAGGUCACCUGAGAUGAUUGAUCUCGUCAAAGGAUUUCCCAUCGAACGAAAAAUCAGACAUCUGGGCUCUUGGUGUGUUGCUUUACAAAUUAUGCUACUACACUACACCUUUCGAGAAGAUAGAGAAGUCGCAAUACUUAAUGGGCGCUACCAGUACCCUGCAUACCCAAUCUACAGCGAUCGCUUGAAGAAUGUAGUAAGAGUUUUGUUGUCUCCGCACCCGGUAAAAAGACCAAACAUCUGCCAAUUGCUGGAAGAAAUUUCAAAGAUACAAAAUAUUCCCUGCCCAAUUGAUAACUUCUAUUUGGAAAGGUCGCGGCACCAAGGUGCUGUGUCAGUCAUGCCGGUCAAUUUUUCGAGAGCGAACACUACUCAGUUUACCGACCAAUCUGCAAAAGAGACUACCGCAAUACGUGUAGGAAAAGAAAUAUCACCACUGAAGCCACAACUUUCCCCUAUCAAGUCCUCAUACGGUCCAGUGCUGGUGAUGACCAAGACAACCCCAAAUUCCUUCAAUUCUCACCACACGCCCCCGCCAAUCGGUAUCGUAUCAAACAAGACCAUUGCGAAACCCUUAUAUAAUUCACUGGAAGAUGGCAACAAUGGUUUGGAAAACCAUUAUCUAUCCUCUUCAGUACCGGCAAUAAGCUACCUUGCCAAUCAACAUGCGAACGAUAACAUAAGAAAUACCACAAAACUGAAUAUACCGGCCCAAAAUAGCACUGGAAGUAAAAACAAGACUUACGUUGAUUCCGAAACCCAAACGCUUGAAGAGCCGUCAUUACAACAUACAAGGAUAUUACCGCAUAUUUCCACUGAUAGAACAGAUAAUACAGGAAAUAGCAUUGUAUCGAGAUUAGGUGUUCAAUUAAGAAACGUCAUUACUAAUGAUUCAUCUGCUUCUUCAUCAAUUGACACUGUACAAGAAACUGGGAACAGCAUCAAAUCUGCCAUAGAAUCGCUGAAAAAUAGUGUUUCAGGUAUGGCAAAUAAUGUCAAGGCUUUGUCUGUUGAGAACGCAAGAAAUCAUUUGGAACGUUUAGGCAGCUCAUAUUCCAUUGGAUCAAACAAUAAUAUUGCAAAACCUAACUCCGCGCCAAUUAUCCCUGCUGUGGUAACCACACACACUUCAAACAGUUUAAAAACUGCUGUAUCGUCUCCCACCCAUUCCGAACUCUCUGACGAAAAUGAACUGUAUGAUACCCUGCAUCUCCCAGAUCCAAAGACAUCAUUCCAGUCUCCAUCGCCAUUGAAAUAUGCGGUGGACAGGAAGAUGAAGGCAUCUAUUGAGAAACGUGUUUUGAAUCUGCUGAAAAACGCAGAAGAUUCUCCGGUGAAGAAAACUGCUGCAGGGUAUGGGAAAUAUACUAAGAGACCAAAAAUGGUAAGCCCAACCAAUCCACACUACCACCUCGUAAGACAAAACAGUGUUUCACAGACCCCAUUGAUUCUGUCGGCUCGGGGCUCAUCAGGACACCCUGUUGUUGUGCCUGCUCUGAUUAAUAGGGAUAAUGAUAAUGGUAAGUAUCCCGCAAAAUCAAAAGCCCCACCAGUAGUUCCGAAGAAGCCGGAUCACUUGAGACCCAAACCACCGAAGAAACCCGCCCACCUGUCAUCUCUAAAAAUAAACAAAAAGCAUUCAACAACAGUACUCAAUACACCAGCAGACCUGUUAUCCGAUACUGCUGUUGACGAACUUGAAAAAAGCUUCAAACAAAGAUAUCCCAGCACAGUUUCUUGA